AUGCUGAAAGGUGACUUGAUAGCGCAACGCGAACAAUACCUACCCGAUAUGAUCCAUGGAGACUUGGACUCGUUACGCGAUGAUGUGCGUGACUACUACGAAGCACGAGGUGUCCCUGUGCUACGCGAUGGUGACCAAUACAGCACAGACUUUGGGAAAUGCAUGAAGAAAAUCUCGUCGCGUCUUACUUCCUCAAUGGUUCGGGAUGUGAUCGUCCUUGGUACCCUCGGUGGGAGGGUUGAUCAGGGCCUUGGGCUCCUGAACGAGAUAUACAGAGAAGAGAAUCGACAUGCCGACCUUCGCCUAUGGCUGUUCUCGGAGUGCAGCCUGAGCUUCAUACUUCGGAGUAAGGAGACUCUGCUGAGAGGGCUACAAGAAGAUGGCGUCUUUACCGAGAACGUAGGGUUUCUUCCUAUAUAUGGACCGGCGAUCAUCUCUACCGAAGGUCUGGAAUGGGAUGUCAAGGAGUGGCCUACGGAGAUGAACGGCGGUCAGCUCAGUACGAGCAACCACGUCAAAGCCAACGAUGUGAGGAUUGGAACGGACGUGCCGAUAUUGUUCACGAUAGAAAGAGCGCCUUUGUGA